AUGUCUGGCCUCAAGACCGGUGACAGCUUCCCCGCGGACACUGUCUUCUCCUACAUCCCCUACAGCGAGGAGAAGGGCGAGAUCACCGCCUGCGGUAUCCCCAUCAACUACAACGCCUCCAAGGAGUGGGCCAACAAGAAGGUCAUCCUCUUCGCCCUCCCCGGUGCCUUCACCCCCGUCUGCUCCGCUCGUCACGUCCCCGAGUACCUCGAGCGUCUGCCCGAGAUCCACGCCAAGGGUGUCGACGUUGUUGCCGUCCUCGCCUACAACGAUGCCUACGUCAUGAGCGCCUGGAGCAAGGCCAACGGUGUCAAGAACGACGACCUCCUCUUCCUGUCCGACCCUGAUGCCAAAUUCUCCAAGAGCAUCGGCUGGGCCGAUGAGGAGGGCCGCACCAAGCGUUUCGCCAUCGUCAUCGACCACGGCAAAGUCACCUAUGCCGCUCUCGAGCCCGCUAAGAACCACCUCGAGUUCUCGAGCGCCGAGACCGUCAUCAAGAACCUGUAA